AUGGAUAAUGUUUCUAUUGUAAGAAUGUUUAUUCUAACAGGAUUAAAUGAGACAAAUAAUAACAGAGUAGCUCUCUUCACGCUCACUUUACUGUAUUAUUGUAUGAUUUUGUUUUUCAAUUUGACUAUCAUCAUGAUCAUCAUUUUGGAUAAAAUCCUGCAUGAACCUAUGUAUAUUUUAUUGUGCAGUUGUUGCAUUAAUGCACUUUAUGGGACUGCAGGUUUCUACCCUAAAUUCAUCUUUGAUCUUUUGUCUUCUUCUCAUGUAAUCUCAUAUGAGGCAUGUCUCCUACAGGCUUUUGUCGUGUACUCUUCUGCUUGCAGUGAUUUGUCUAUUCUAGCCGUCAUGGCGUACGACAGAUAUCUGGCUAUAUGUCGACCACUGCACUACCACUCUUUCAUGACUAAGAGCAGGCUCUCUAAGAUGGUGUGUUUCUCCUGGAUAACACCUUUGUGCAUUUUCUCCAUCAAUAUUGUGAUGACGUCGAGACUCAGAUUGUGCAUUACAAACAUGAAAAAACUUUUAUGUGUGAAUUGGAUAAUUGUUAAACUUGCAUGCACUGAUGCUAACACCAUUCCAAAUAAUAUAACUGCAUAUUUUACAGGUUUCUUGUAUGUGUCUCAUGGGAUUUUCGUCAUUUGGACUUAUAUGCAUCUCAUCAAAACUUCUGUGAGGUCCAAAGAUGACAGAGUGAAGUUUAUGCAGACAUGUGUUCCCCAUUUAGCCUCUUUAACUGCAUUUGUUUCGAUAAUAGUCAUAGAUUUUAUGUCCAUGCGAUUUGGUUCCACAGAUUUACCUCAAAGCCUUCAAAACUUCAUUUCUAUAGAAUUUCUGCUCAUUCCUCCUGUUUUGAAUCCUCUAAUAUAUGGAUUUAAACUGACCAAAAUACGGCGCAGAAUUCUGGGUUUUGUUCAUGUUCAAAGAAAAUGGCCUCUUUGUUUUCGUUUUGACAAAGAUUAA